GACGGUGCGUGCGUGCAUUGCGCAACAUGCGCCGUGCGGGACGUUUCAUGUCAUCGCCGAAAGAUCGGAGAACCCCACAGGCCGUGCGUUUUUGAAACCGCUUAAUGGGGCGUUUAUGGGGAAUUGUCGAGGGAAUUAACGGCGGGGAAAGAAUAAAAAGGGAAGGUGGAGGUGCUGCCGCUGGUGCUGGCGGUAGUCGCCUCCACGACAAGCCUUCACGCGUUUUUAUUUGAACCCGAUCGUCCCUGCGGAGUCGUUAAACGCGCCUCCUAGGAUCGCUUUCCCACUUUUUUUUAUCGGCGUUUACGCCAUGCAAGAUCCCUGUAAUGCAUCAUUUAAGAGCGUAAAAAAUGAACGAGCCACUUUGAAGCGUUUCAAGGAGGAAUGCGUCGUUAAGGUGGAACGGCGUCGUGAUGUUAUUUGAUGAACAUAUUCGCCUCGCGAGGUCGUAACAUGGGGUCAAAUGGCAAUGGUUCCCCUCGGUGUCCUCGCAAGAGGGAAUUUAUUAAAACAGAUACGUGAAUAAAAGCGUUUUUCCGGCUUUUUAAGCAAAGCGGUGCUCAGCCACCUUAAGAGGGCGGGUCGAGCGCCCGUCAAGUGACAGCUCGGCUAGCCAAUGGCACCGGCCGACUUGUGAAAAUUGACAGGCGCCUUAUCAAACCACCCAUCGGAUGUGCUCCGUUCCCGGCCAAUAAAGAAGUUGUUAGGGGAGGGCACAUUAGUGUCGGAGAGCUUUAAUGAGACUCCAUUGGAUUGUAAUCAGCGUCAUGUCGGAUUCGCCGUAAACUACAACAGUGGAACAAAAUGGCGACUGUUUAGGUGACGACUCUUUUUAAGCCUGGCAUUUUAUGCAGCGGAGUCGCUGCGUGUUUUUGUUCUUUUUUUAAUGUUAUUGUCCACAUCGGACUCAUUUGGAGCGCAAGGCUAGUUCCAAGUGCACAUUACCACCGUUUUUUAUUUUCCUGGCAGAUUUUGGGACAUCAUCAAGGCUGGUUGUGGAAUUUAUCACUGACUGUUUUUCCCCUCCAUCGUCGGUCCUCUUAACAAUACGGAUUUGACAAGCCAAUUUGGACGGCGCUGUGGAACAUAUCUUUUUUUUUUUUUUUUUUUGACCUCGCCAAAGGAUGUGGAUGUACCCGUUGGCGCUUGGCAGCAGGCGGGAUUCCGCAUGGAUAACGUUUUUGUGAGUCUCCCGGUCCAACCAUGGUGAAACUCGCCAACCCUCUGUUCACGGAGUGGAUUCUGGAGGCCAUACAGAAAAUCAAGAGGCAGAAGCAGCGGCCCUCGGAGGAGAGGAUUUCCCACGCGGUGGGGACAUUGCACGGACUGGACCGCAAGACGGUCCUGGAGCAGUUGGAAUUAAGCGUGCGCGAUGGCUCUAUUCUCAAGGUUACCAACAAGGGGAGCGCCUCGUACAAGGACCCGGCGAGUACCGGGUCCAUCCCGCCUCCCGCCUCGCCCGUCCCGUCAAAGGAAUCUAUAUGGAGUUCUGGCGAACUCCGCCACCUGGAUUGGAAUAAGAUCUUGCGCAGGGCCAUCGAGGGCUUGGACAACACGCACGGCUCCUCGCUCAAGAACAUCGAGAGGUACCUGAGGAACCAGGAGGACCUCGCCGAGGCGGCCGACAACCCGGCCUUCCGUCAGCGCUUGCGGCUGGCGGCCAAGCGCUCGGUCAACAGCGGCAGGCUGUUCAAAGACGGCCCGCGGUACCAGCUCGGAGGGACCCCCAGGUGUCCCGUGGCCAGGCCUUCGCCGUUGACGUCAGCGGCGCUGCUACCCCAUGAGCAGGAACAGCUGCGGGUGGACCCCAUCCCAAUCUGCAGUUUCUGUCUCGGCACAAAAGAGUCCAACCGAGACAAACGUCCGGAGGAGCUGCUGUCCUGCGCCGACUGCGGGAGCAGCGGACAUCCCUCGUGUCUCAAGUUCUCCCCCGAGUUGACCUCCCGAGUGAAACGAUUACGGUGGCAAUGCAUCGAAUGCAAAACGUGCAGUUCCUGCCGAAUCCAAGGGAGAAAUGCGCACUUUGAAGGCGUCGCUGACACGUGUGGGCUCUUCCUACAGGACCAGAUGCUCUUCUGUGAUUGGUGCGACCGGGGCUUCCACAUGGAGUGCUGCGAGCCGCCCGUGUCCGCAAUGCCCAAAGGAACGUGGCAGUGCCAGGUCUGCAGGCCCAAGGAGAACGCAAAGAAGCUGCUGCACAGAAAAGCCGACGAGAUCAAACGGCGAUACGCCAAGCCCGUCGCCGCACGGCCCGCCAACAAGCUCACGCAACAAACGUGUCCGAGCAGUGGCGACGGUUCCACGGCGGCGCUCGGAGGAAGAGGCUCGCCCGGUAGGGGUGCCAAGUUUAGCGCGCGCACCUCAUCCCGUCAUGGCGCAUCUGCCAAGGACGCCGGAGUUCCGGACGCCGCCCGAUUCACCAUCCCGACUCCCACCUCCCCCUUCACCGCCGCCGUCGUCACUCCCCUCCUCACGCCCUCCUUCGCCACGCCACCUGCGCUCGGCGUUAACAAGAAAACCAAAGGGCUCAUCGACGGGCUUUCCAAAUUCUUCACCCCUUCCCCCGUGGGGCGUCGCUCGCGCGCCGCAGCCGGCGACUCGCCCGCCAGCAAACGCUUAGGCCCGACGGGCGAUGUGGCCGCAGCGGUCACCCCGCCGCUCGCCCCGCCGCUCGCCGCACCGGUCGCCGCCGGUCACCAGAUGGCCGCCCCGACGUCACCGGGAUUUAGCCCGCCCUCGCAGACGUCGGCCGGCUCCACGUCGGCAAACUCGCCCCAGAGCUCUUCCAGCCAGUCGAGCGUUCCCUCCCUGGGAAGCCUCUGCAGUAGCAGCCAGCUGAAGGGACUGUUUGACGGACUCUCGCACAUUUACGCCACUCAGGGACAGUCGCGGCAAAAGCGGCUGGCGUGCUACGCGCCGCCCAAACGCGCGCCGCAAAGGCAGGACUCUCCCCACGCGUCCCAGUGCCGCAGAAAGAACGAGUUUAGCCGAAAGCGGCUCGGCGCCACGUCCGCCGGGUCGGGCCGACCCGGAGGACACGCCUUUAAGUCGCUGGGCCAUUUCAAGCGCAACCCCUUCCUUAAAAAGCACAGGACGCUAGGCAGGCUGAGGUAUAAAGUGAGCCCCCCGAAGGGAGCCCCCCCCUCGCCAGACUUGACAGAGGCGAGAGUUAAGCCAGAGAGUAAUCAUGGCCACCAUGGGGAGCUGCGGGUGAGACAGGAAGCCCGCUCCGCCUCGGUGGCGGCCAUGUCCGGAGCGCACGUGACCCACGAGGACGCGGAGACCUUCGCCAGCGUCCGGCGCGUCGCCGCGCAGAGGACGGGAUGUCAAAUGAACGCGGACGCCACGCGACGCCCGGCCGUUAUCGAAUUUGGCAAGUACGAAGUGCAAACCUGGUAUUCGUCACCGUACCCGCCCGAAUAUUCCAGAUUACAAAAGCUUUACCUGUGCGAGUUCUGUCUGAAGUACAUGAGAAGCAAAAGCAUCCUCCAGAGGCACGCAAACAAGUGCGGCUGGUUCCACCCGCCGGCCAACGAGAUCUACCGAAAGGACUGCCUCUCCGUCUUUGAGGUUGACGGAAAUGUCAGCAAGCUGUUCUGCCAAAACCUCUGCCUGUUAGCCAAGCUCUUCCUGGAUCACAAAACCUUGUAUUACGACGUGGAGCCCUUCCUCUUCUACAUCCUCACCAAGAACGACCACAAGGGAUGUCAUUUGGUGGGCUACUUCUCCAAGGAAAAGCUUUGCCAGCAGAAAUACAACGUCUCCUGCAUCAUGAUCAUGCCUCAGUACCAGCGGCAAGGAUUCGGACGCUUCCUUAUUGAUUUCAGUUACCUUCUCACCAGGCAAGAAGGACAAGCGGGCUCCCCUGAGAAGCCGCUGUCAGACCUGGGUCGCUUAUCCUACCUGGCGUAUUGGAAAAGUGUCCUCCUGGAGUAUUUUUAUCGGCGGCCGGAUAAACACGUCAGCGUCAAAGGCAUAAGCAGGGCCACGGGGAUUUGUCCCCACGACAUUGCUGCCACUCUGCAGCACCUGGGCAUGAUUGACAGACGGGGCGGACGGGUGGUGCUGAUCCGAAAAGAAGGACUGAUCCACGGCCACAUGGAGAGGCUGCGGGCCGCCCCGCGUCGCCACCAGGUGGACCCAGACGCCCUGCGCUGGUCGCGCUCCGCCUCGCUCAGCGCCGUCCUCUCUGAGGAGGAGCGGGAGGCGGAGAUGGAUGCUGAGCGUUUGAAGGAGCAGGCCAGCUGCUGGCUGAAAGAGGAGCGAGGGAGCCUCGCCGCCGCCCCUCCCGCCCGCAGGCAGACGCUCACCAAGAUGCACUGCAAGGUGCCCUACAGGACGUACGAGCGGCGCCACGCUCCGUCGUGGAGCCGAAGCGCCCGGCCGCCGCCGAACCUCGGCCACCGCGACCGCAGAGAAGAAGCGGACGAAGACGUGGAUUCGGACGGCUCGCCGCCCGUCCUCCUGGACAAACGAAAGAGGAGCAAGAGGGGGCGCAAGCGGAAAAGAAUUAACAGCAGCGUCACAACCGAGACCAUCUCCGAGACGACCGAGGUCCUGAACGAGCCCUUCGACAACUCUGACGACGAGGGUCCCGUGGCGCGGUUGGAACAUGAACAAGAGGAGAUGGAGAGCAAGAGCCUGAUAGCACCUGUGAAACGGCGGAGAGGUCGACCGAGGCUCAAGGACAAGCCGCAGCAAGAUCUUCAACAAUGGAACAAAGAUGCCGACGUCCGCCCCAAGAGACCCGGCAGACCACGUCCCGUCAAGCGAAAGAAAGGCUGGCCCAAAGGAGUCAAACGAGGUCCUCCCAAGUGGCGCCUCAAGAACGAACGCAAAAUGGGCUUCAAGCUGAAUCUUCUUUACACGCCGCCCGAAACACCCACCGAAGCGGAGCGACACCUCAUCCAGGCCGAGGAGGAGCGGGGAGAAACCCACAGAGAGCUCCACGGCGGCAGGGCCCGGCCCGCUUUCGACUCCGAGCCCCCGAGCCCGGCCGAGCGGCGCUCGCCCGUCAGCGGGUCUCCCGGGAACGAGGACGGCGACGAUUCGCCGGAGCGCAGAGAUGACGAGCGGCAAGAUAGCGAGCACGAGCCGGACUCCCCGACCAAAGAUGUGGAUCGCAGCGCUGAAGUCGCCGCGUCGCCUGAUAAUCCCAAUGAGGAAGAGGAGGAGGAGGAGGAGGAGGAGGUGAUGGCCAGAACGGAGUUUGCGCUUAAAGAUGAAAACCAAGAGAAGACAACGCAGCCCGAGAGCAGCCACCUCGGGGCGUCGCAUGCUUCGAAGGAAACGCGUGAAUGUUUUUUAGCUCCCGAAGAAGUCGACGGGGACGUUGCGUCAAGUCGGCAAGAAGAUGACGCCAGCGUCCCCCCGGAAUGCAACCGGGAUGCAGAGGCGCAAACCAAAGAAAUGUCGCCGCUCCCUCCGGCCCAAGCGGCAGCUGUGGAUUGUGAGUCUGAAGAGGAAAGCCCGCCCAGUCCUCCACAGGGGCACCCGCUGCCGCCUCCGCCCGCCAAGAGGCCGCCCAUCAGUCCCGCGCUCAGGGACGGCCCCCCGAUCUGCACAGAGAUAGACUCGGAGACGGCGCGAGCCGUGCGGUCACUGACGAGGGAGAGCGAGCGCGACGUGGCCUUCCAGGACUGCGUGGAGAGCCAGGACGCCCGCAGGAAGGCACGCAGCUACGCUGCCGUCACCCCUUUGGAAGACUGCCCGCAGUCGGAGCUCAGCAGCCCGCUUUCCUCGGCGCACUCCCAUCCAAGCCAGUCGGUGCGCUCCGUCAGCAGCCCGGCCGUGUCCAUCCUGGAGGUGGGGGGCUACGCGCAGAUCAGCCCCGACCACAGCGCCAUCUCGGUGCCCUCCAUCCAUAACUUGGAGACGAGUCCCAUGAUGGACGUGCCCUCCGUGUCGGACCACUCGCAGCAAGUGGUGGACAGCGGCUUCAGCGACCUGGGCAGCAUCGAGAGCACCACCGAGAACUACGAAAACCCCAGCAGCUACGACUCCACCAUGGGGGGUAGCGUUUGCGGGGCCGGCCCCCCCCAGGGCGCCUGCCCCUACGGCGGCAUGCCGCCCGCCGGGCUGGCCCAGAGCAGCUGCGCCGUCAGCCAGCAAAUCAACCCCGGCGCCUGCGGCAUGCUUCCGCAGAACAGCCUGAGCUCUCCGCCUCACUGCAACGUCAAGUCGCCGCAGGGCUGUGUGGCGGCAGCAGCGACCGAGCGGCCCCCCAGCGUCGGCCAACGCGGCGGCCCGCACGGCCAGCAGCACGCCAGGCACGGCCCCCACAAUCAGCACAAUCAACACAACCAGCAUAGUCACCACCACAAUCAGCACCUGCAGCACAAUCAGCUCAGCCAGCACAAUCAGCAUGCCGCCGCGCACAACUUCCACAAUCAGCAUGUCUCGCAGGACGCCGCCGCCCAGUGCGCCAUCCCCGCCAACUUUGCCGCCGCCGUGCAGCUGCCCGACAUCCCCGAGACGGGCAACCCCAACUUGGCCCUCUACGAGCGGAUCAACCACCAGGGCGAGUACGCCGGCGGCCACUACGUGCAGUCGUCGGGUCUCAGCCUGGCAAAGCUGCAGCAGUUCACCAACACCUUCAUGGAGCACCCCCGCUCGCUAGCCUUCAACCACUCGCCCUCGCACCCCAUCACGUCCUACGCCAACAGCCCCUCGCUUUCCGCGCAGCACUCCGGGCUGGUGUCCCUGUCGCAGAGCUCGCACCGCCAUCCCAACCCCCAGGUGCAGGCGGCCAUGACGCCACCGCCGCCGCCACCGGCCGUGAUGCUCCAGCGCAACGUGGGCGUGCCGCCGGCGCAACGCAUCCAGCCGCAGAUGGCGGCCAAGAGUCACGGCUCGGCGCGCUCCAAGUCGGCGCCGCUCUCGCACCAUCACCACCCUCACCACCCCCACCACAACCACCACCACCAGCAGCAGCAGCACCACCACCACCAGCAGCAGCAGAUGUACGCGCGGCAGCCCCAGGGCGUGGCCAUGCAAGCGCCGGCCCGCACGCUGGCGGCCAUGCCGCGGGUCAACAUGAGCGUCAACAUCAUGCCGGCGCCCGCCUACAACUCCAUGAACAUGGCGCCGCUCAACGCCAUGAACGGCUACGGUAUGAGCCAGCCCAUGAUGAACAGCGGCUACCACGGCGGCCACGCCGCCGCCGCCGCCGCCUACAUGAACCAGUCGCCCCAGUACUCUAUGCAGAUGGGCAUGAUGGGAACGCAGCCAUACGCCCAGCAGUCCGUGGCGGCGCCGCCGCACGGCAACAUGAUGUACAGUCCGGCCGGUCACCACGGCUACAUGAACCCGGCCGUGUCCAAGCAAUCGUUGAAAGGGCCUUUCAUCAGGCGGUAACCUGCCGCCUCCCGGCUUUAGAUGCACUGAGUUGGCCUUUGUUCUUCUUCGUCUUUGCGCAAAAAUGAAGUGUUGGCCCUUCGGGUGACGUUUCAGGAUGAACCCAAAGUACACCCAACUUGACCCUCUAGAAACUUUUCAAUAGAGAGACAACCCCACUUUAAAAUGCAAAUUUCAGAAUUUUCUGAGGCGUUUCUGCUCAGAUCUUGACUUCCUUGAUUAUUAACAUCAUCCUGAGAUUUCACCCCAAAGCACAUAUUCUUCAUUUUUGUGACUGGUCUAUAUAAAUAUAUGGAUUUUUUUUCUUUCUUUGCUCUUUAAAGACAAAAACCAGCAGCAGCACUUGGAAAGAAUGCAAAUAUUUUCAUUCACGUGUUUAAAAAAAAAAAAGAAAAGAAAAAAGUAUUUUUGUUCCUCCAAGAUGGGAAGCCUUACGACACGACACGGUGAUGUUGAAGACGAAAUGAAAUUCUAUUUAAUUCGCGGCAGGUUCCGAGGCUCUGAGGUCAGCUUUCCGUCGCCGCGUAGCAGCCUCCCACGGAAGCCAUUUUUCAUGUGCCUGCUCACGAGUGGAACCUGUUGAGUGUGUUAACUGUCCAACAGUGCAAAACACACGCAAGACCGUUUAGUUUGUACCAUAGUCGCGCCUUUGUAUAUUUAAAUUAUUGUACCUAUUUUUGUUUUUUGUAAAGUGGCAAACCUUAGCAUGCUUGGGUCUCUCCUUUAGUGACAGUGCAUUGAGUAGUACUGUACAAGUGUCGUGCUUAACAAAUAGCAAGCCAUUUUCAACAUGCCGAGCCUUUUAUUAGGUAAAAAAAUGAAAUUCUAUUUUGUUAAUGCUAAUAAUGUAAAAAAAAUGAAAAGAAGAAAAAAAAAAAACAUGUCAAACUUUUAGCCUCGUUUUCAGUUGCGCUUUGAGAGGUUUUAUUGCUCUACGUAUGUAUAAUUCUCAAGUCUUUUUGUAACAACUCCUCCAGGCAGCUUUCUGUUUAAUAAAGCAAGACGGAUUUCUGUCCCCAUACGUGA